AUGUUAUUUUAUAUUGUACUUUUACCAGCUUUAUAUUUAAUCUUUUCUUUUAUUAAUAAGAAUAGAGGAUUAUCAACAAAAGAUCCAAAAAGACCAUGGGCUGUACCAGUAUUGGGUUCAUUACAUGUAUUGGGUGAUAAACCACAUCGAUCACUUGAUACCUUGGCAGAUACAUUGGGAUGUGAUAUGUAUGCGUUGUGGAUGGGUGAUGCCUACAGUAUAGUUUGUAGAGAUGUUGAAUCAAUUAGAGAAAUUUGGGUAAAGAGACAUGACAUUGUCGUCAAUAGAUAUCAUACCCCAACAUCGGCCGUCUAUUCAAACAACUAUACAAACAUUGUAUCUGGUGAUUUGGAAAGAUGGACAUUCAAUAGAGGCAUGGUAUCACCAUCAUUUACCAAACUAAAGGUUAAAACCCAUCAUGCCAAAGUCGUUCAAAAUCAAUGUACUCAAUUAUUAAAUCACAUGAAAACUUUUGAAAAAUCAAAUACUUUGUUUAAACCAAGAUUAUAUUUUAAGAAAUUUACAAUGAAUAUUAUUACAAGAAUUGCAUUUGGAUUUGAUUCACCAUUUGAAAAGGACAGUGAAGAAUUUAAAGAAAUAAUUAAAAAGAUGGACAGUAUCUUUCUUAAUGGUGGUACUGGUACAUUGGGUGAUUUUAUUCAUUUCCUAAGACCUCUAUUCUUUUUCCAAAUGAAACUUGGAGGAACUGCAAUGAGUGAUCUUAGAUCACUAAUUAAAAAAAUUUAUGAUGAACAUAUUACUAAUCUUGAUGAGAAAGAACCAAAAGAUUUAAUGGAUGAAAUGAUUAUUCAAUCAACAGGUAUGGAUAAUGAAUGUGGAAUUCUUAGUGUUGGAUGUGAUUUGUUGUUGGCUGGAACAGAUACAACAGCAGCUUCAUUAGAGUGGUUUGCUUUGAGAAUGAUUACCAAUCCAGAGGUUCAAGACAAGGUAUACCAAGAAUUGGUAUCUGUCGUUGGACAUGGAAACCGUGUCGAUGUAUCCCACCGAAACUCGACCCCAUUCACAUUGUCUGUUAUCAAGGAAGUACUCAGACUCAACCCAAUCGCCCCUCUUGCAUUGUCAAGAGCAUCAUCAGAGGAUAUGAUUAUUCAAGAUCAAUUUAUUCCAAAGGGUACCCAAUUUUUAAUGAAUAUUCAUGGACUACAUAGAAACAAAAAGAUCUAUCAAAAUCCAAAUCAAUUUAUUCCAGAAAGAUUUUUAGUUGAUGUCCCUGCAGAUGCUUGGAUUCCAUUUGGUAUUGGUCAAAGAAAUUGUGUUGGUUUAAACUUGGCACUUGACGAAUUAUAUGUUUCAAUUUCCAAUAUGUUACUCAAUUUUAAGUUUAGAGCUCCUGAUAAUGUUGAAAUUGAUUUUUCUGAAAUUACAGAUAGAAGUUUAGUUUAUUUCUUUCCCUCUCUCUCAAUCUAUCUCAAAAUGUCAACUAUAAUUUACAUCUUGAUUGCAGUUGUAAUCUAUUUACUUGUUUCUUUUAAAAAUAAGAAUACAAAGUUCUCAUCAGCUGAUCCUCCUGGACCAGUUUCAUGGCCAAUAUUGGGAGCCCUUCCUUUGUUGGGAGACCUUCCACACCAAGGGUUCAAGCGUUUGGCAGACAAGUUUGGAGGCGUCUAUUCUCUUUGGAUGGGUGAUACCUACACUGUAGUAGUCACUGAUCCAAAGGUGAUUCGUGAAGUUUGGAUUAAUAAUCAUGAAAACUUUUUAAAUCGUCAUCAUUCGCCUACUUAUGCCUUGUACUCUAGUAACUACACCAAUAUUGUUAGUGGUGAAGACGAGAGAUGGGUAUACCAGAGAGGAUUAGUAUCUCCAACUUUUACCAAACUCAAGAUUAAAGCUGUCAAUAGUAUUGUUCAUUCUCAAGUAGAUGGACUAUUGGGACAAAUGAAACUUUAUGCAAAGUCUCAACAAUUGUUUAAUCCAAGAAUGUAUUUUAAGAAAUAUUCAAUGAAUAUUAUUACAAAAUUGGCUUUUGGAAUGGAAACACCAUUUGAUAGUGAAACACCUGAAUUUGUUGAAUUAAACAGUAGAAUUGAUAAACUCCUUGUUGGAACUGGAGCUGGUCAUCUUGGAGAUUAUAUCUAUGCUCUUCGUCCAUUAUACUUUUUCAAGAUUUUCUUUGUAGGAAAUAUCAUGACAGGUUUAAGAUCUCAUAUUUCACAAAUUUAUCAUAAACAUGUAAAGAAUUUAGAUGAGAAAAAUCCAAAGGAUUUAUAUGAUGAAAUUCUUAUUAAUACAAAGGGAGUUGAUAAUGAAUUGGGAUUGGUUAGUAUUGGUAUUGAUUUGUUGGUCGCAGGAACAGAUACUAGUUCUUUAACCUUGGAAUGGCUCGUUUUACGUCUUCUUCAAAACCAACAUGUACAAGAAAAGAUUUAUCAAGAAUUGUUGGAUGCUGUUGGAAAGGGUGGUCGUGCCGACAUUUCUCAUCGUAGUAGCACUCCAUACACUGUCGCCACUAUCAAGGAAGUACUCAGAAUGAAUCCAAUCGUUCCAUUGGCAUUGAACAGAACAUCCAAAGAAGCUGUCACUUGUGGUGGUUAUUAUAUUCCAAAGGGUACUCAAAUGGUUAUGAAUGUAUAUAGUGUACAUUUGGAUGAAAAAUUAUAUCCAAAUCCACAUGUAUUUAUGCCAGAGAGAUUUUUGGGAGAGACACCAGCUGACAGUUGGCUUCCAUUUGGCAUCGGACCAAGAAAUUGUGUAGGUUUAAACCUUGCCCAAGAUGAAUUGUAUUUGGCUGUUUCCAACAUGCUCCUCAACUUCAAGUUUAGACCUGCAACUGAAAAGAUUGAUUUCACUGAAAACUUUGGUCUCACUAUGAAGCCUAAUCCAUUUAGUUUCUAUGUAGACUCUAGAUAA